AUGGCUGGUAAACCAGAGUUUGAUCCUCAGCUCGUCAUAUCUCACGAAUUUCCCCAGUCGACGUAUACUUACACCGAAAGGGACGCUGCACUAUAUGCACUUGGUGUUGGAGCUUGUACGAAAGAUGCGGUUGACGAUAAAGAGCUGAAAUAUGUUUACCAUCAAGAUGGACAGCUAGCUAUUCAGGUCUUGCCAACUUUCGCUGCGUUAUUUUCUUUGGAAAUUCAGUCACAGCUCGCACAGUUACCGGGUUUAGAAUUUGAUCCGCGUCUUAUGUUACAUGGUCAACAGUACAUCGAGAUAUACAAACCGCUUCCUCCUAGUGGUUCUCUGAUAAAUAAGGCAAGUGUAGCUGGAUUGCAUGAUAAAGGUAAAGCAGCUGUUCUAGAGAUUGAAGUUUCAACUUACGAAAAAGACUCUGGUGUGCUGCUCUGCAUGAACAGGUUGGCGGUUUAUUUGAGAGGUGCUGGUGGCUUCUCAAAAUCAUCCCAGCCCUACUCUCAUACCAAGUAUUCCCCCAGUCUGUCCGUGGUUUAUAAAAUUCCCAAAAGUCAACCAUUUGCUAUCUAUGAAGAAAGCACACAACCGUCUCAGGCAUUGCUUUACAGGCUAUCUGGUGAUUACAACCCAUUACACUCAGAUCCUACGGUUGCAGAAGUAGCUGGAUUUUCUCGUCCAAUAUUGCACGGGCUUUGCACCCUGGGGUUUGCAGUCAGAGCCAUCAUAAAAAGCAUCUGUCGAGGAGACCAAAGCAUGAUAGUGAACAUAUCAGGUAGAUUUUUGCUGCACGUCUAUCCAGGGGAAACCUUAGUAACCCAAAUGUGGCUUGAAGGCUUGAGAAUAUUGUAUGAGGUGAAGGUCAAGGAACGAAACAAGGCCGUGCUCUCUGGAAUCGUAACUCUUAACCGCUUUAGCUCAUCUUUGUGA